CAAGAUACUUGCACAAUUUAAAAAUGUUAUCUAUGUAAUUACUGCUCAUUUAAUAUUGUUGUGUUUAUAUUAUAAAUAUUGAAAGUUCAAAACCCAAACGUAUUUUAGAAAAUUAUUUCUCGAAAAGCCUUUGGCUUUUUAGCACAUUUUGUAUUUUUGUUGGCUUCUAUACAGUGCUUCCUGUUUAAUGCCAUAAUAUUUUGAGUUUUUUAACUUCCAAAGUUUAACUUACUAGAACAGUGUGCUCCAUUCUAUAAUUUCACACCGGAGCAUUGAACAUGGCCCUACUAUUGAGAGCAACCUUUCACUUUUAUGCAAAAUGCAUAAAAUGUUUGUGUUUCAUGUUUUUUCGGCCACUUAACAAUGGCUACUUUGAGUCCUGAUUUUUUUAAUUUAACAGCUGUUCUGCAACCCUGAAACUAAUUGCAUAUAUGCUUUAUAAGAAUUUCAAAAAAAGGUUUAUUACGUGGCAAUUGAGUCAAAUCGUGAAUUGCUAAAUAAACCAAUGCAUUUUUCAUCUUUAUUUGUGUGCAGUCGAAAGUCCAAUCUCUUUGACAACUGCACAAACGAUGAUUGCACGCAGUUUCGAAUGCAUAUGCGGUAUAAUAAUGAGCUCCUUAUUUGAACAGAGGGCGAGGGUAUAUUUUCUUUCACGGAACACACAAUUUUUAGUUUUUUCUUAUUGCUCUAGAUGUUGUGACAGAGUUACCCUCCUGAAUCAGACUUCUGAGUGUUCGUGGUUGAGAUAAAUAGCCCCAGUGUGUGAGCUGGGAUUUUGUUGUUGCUCAUUGUGUGGCUCGUAUCCCCUGGCUUCAUCAGAUACCAUGUGAUGGGGCGAAUUCUCUGUUCCCCCCAGCUGAGUUGGGACACCCUCUCCGGUUACAGCCAGGGCUGUGUAUUUCGCGUGCACUGAUCUUUGUUUCAGAUGUUGGACGCACCAAUAAUCAGUGCAGUGUGUUUCUCGCGAGUUUGACCAAGCCAUUCAAUUAGACAGUGUACAAGAAUGUAUUUGUCGCAGAGUUGAUUUCAUAUUAUUGUCUCUGGUUAUGAUAUUUUUUGUGUUAUGCUUAAAUUAACAAGGUUCUCUGACGUUCGAAACAAAGGAAGUUAUCCAAAUACCGGGACAAGAGCCAAACAGACAGGAGCAAAGUAUGUCCGCAGAGAGAAAAGCUUCUUUAAAAAAAUAAAGUCGGCUCUACCAGACCAUCCAUGUCCCGGAGUCUCUGAAAGCCUGAGCUGUGCGAUUCUGCCCAGGAGUGUUCCGGUGCAGCUCGGCGUCUCUGCUUGGUGAGCGAAGAACUUCGUUCUCGAAUCGGAACUCCAGUUCAACCCGCGCCCGGCUAAAAGACGACAUUACCCUGCAGGCGCUCUCGUCGCAACCGUUGAAGCGAAAAGAAGUCUCCUCGUUGUGACGAAGGCAAGAGAAUAGUCGACUGCAAACGUGGAGAUGAAUGGACUCAACAGCCCUGGAGGCCCCAAGAGCCGCCCAGGCCUCUCGGACAUGGCCACGUACCAGCAGUGGCUUGCCAGCCGUCACGAAGCCACCCUCAUCCCCAUGAAGGAGGACCUCGCCAUGUGGCUCACCGAGAUUCUGGGUACGGAAAUCCGCGCGGAGACAUUCAUGGAGCAGAUUGACAACGGCGUCCUUCUCUGCCGCCUUGGGAGCAUCCUGCAGGCAAAGGCUAAGGAGAACAACUAUGCAGACAAUGUCACUAAGCGCUUUCCACGGCGGAAGAUCCCCUGCAGAGCCAACGCCCCAGCUGGGACCUUCUUUGCACGGGACAACACGGCUAAUUUUCUCGCUUGGUGCCGAGAGGCUGGUGUCGAUGAAUCCUGCAUGUUCGAGUCCGAAGGGCUUGUGCUACACAAGCAACCUCGCGAGGUUUGCCUUUGUCUUCUCGAGUUGGGACGCAUCGCCGCCAGAUUUGGCAUCGAUCCUCCGGGGCUCAUCAAGCUGGAGAAGGAGAUCGAGCAGGAGGAGGCGCGGGCGAUCGCCCGCUCGUCAUCCGGCUCGUCAGCCUCCUCUGCGUCGCCGGCGUCGCCGUGCACCUCGUGCCCGCCAUCGCCCUCUUCCUCCUCUUCCGCAACGUUGGCGGUGGCAGCCUCUUCCAGCACACCCACCACACCGCGGGCUCCCAAGGAGAAGAAACAAGUGCGGGACAAGGUCCUGGAAUCGGCCAUCAAGCGGAUAUCAGAGAAGCUUCCGUGUCAGUGCCAGGCAAGCUUCCAGGUGGAAUAUUAUUCCGAUGGAAGAUACCGGUUCGGGGACAAGAUCGUCUUCGUCAGGAUGCUGCACAACAAACACGUGAUGGUGCGUGUGGGUGGAGGCUGGGAGACCUUUGAGGGCUACCUUCUAAAGCACGACCCCUGCCGAAUGCUGCACAUAUCGCGCGUCGACGGCCGCAUCUCCGGCCUGCCCGUGCCCGCGUGUGCGCCCUCCUCCCCGGCGACUUCCAGCUGCCAGUCCCCCCUGCCUCCCCCUCACUCCCCGGCAAAACCCAACGGCUACCUCCUUUCCUCCGGCAGCUACAAAAGCCGCAAGCAGGUGGCGAGCUAGGCAGGGCCGCACGGAGCGAGAUGUAUGUAUGUAUGCUGAACUCCUUUCGCACCCUGCGUAGCCGGCCGUGCUAAUUGGAGGUGCGGAGGAAGGGACGACAAACUAAAACACAAAGCGGUUCUAAAGAAAUUUGUUUUCAAUCUAGAAGUGGGAUGAUCUCAAACUCUCGUCACAAACGGUUCAUCCGGAUGGGCUGACUGCAGAGUGAUGCCCCGGAUUUGGUGAACUCCAUGGACUGCCAAGAAAACUGUGUUAUAAAAACUGUUUUUUUUUGCUGUUUGGUUAGAAUCGCUGAGAAGCUGUUUAUGGGCAGUUGGUGCUUAUAUAUUUUAGAAAAUCUGCUGUCCAAAGCGGAGCUAAUGGGGCAUGUUCAGCCAUUUGUAUUUUUUACUUGUGCGGGCUUCAAGUGUUGUAAAAAACAUAUAGUUCUGAAUAGGGUCAUUAGGAGAAGCUUGCUUGUAUGAUGUAAACAUUUUUGGACCAUUCACUCAAGGCCAGAGCUAUCUGAAUGCAAUAGGUGAAAAGUGGAGCAAUGUGUACAUGACAGUCUGAAUGAAUGAAUUAUCCGUAAUGUUUUCCUUAGUUUCUGUUUCUUAUGACCAAACUUAUUUUAGUCUUUGUUGCGAUUACUUGCUAGAUUUCACGGUUAUUCUUGCCAGCAAGAAACAAUUGUUAACGUUUUUUUGCUGUUCAUGCCAUUAGCUCAAAGGAACGGCAUGUGAUCAGCCCCAUUGCGUACCUGUAGUGAUAAUGUAUGUAUUUCCAUAUUGAAAAAACAAUGACAUACUUUGUUCUUUACAUUUAUUUACAGGUUUUUGAAAAUUAAUUGACUUUCUUUGAAUAGCAUACAAAAUACAAUUGUUUGCCCGUGGGAAUAGCUGAAAUUUAGUAACUUAAAAUGACAUGUUCUUGAAUGCCUCAUUGUUCAGUUGUAUUCAUUGUUUGGUUAACACCAGUGCCUACAUCUUUAUACAGGUUACCCUGACUCACAGUGAUUUUAUACACACCAAUGGAAGUGCAGUACCAAACAUUUUUUUCAGUUUACUUUUUUUCUCCCGUUUAUGUAUUCUAAGGAGCAAUAUUUCUCAGUGCACGAAUUUAUGUGCCUCAUUAGAUUUUACGUUUUAACUGGUAAUUAUACGCAAUGCUCAAAUGUCUUCCAUAUAAUACAUCAGUGCCUUCACGUUGUAAAGCUAGAUUAUGUUCCAAAUGUGUGUUUGGGCGUAUAGCUGUGUGUCAAGUCGCAAGGUUUACUGUAGCAUACUCUUUGGUUCUAUUCGGUAAAAUCACGUAGGUAAAAAAUGAAAAAACAAAAAUCACGACGUUUCGGCCA